AGCUCCCUACUACCUAACAAAUGUAUAAGGUGGAACUGAAAGGGUGUUAAAUGGGUGGAUCCCAGUGGCAAUGUCGUUAACACUCCCUAUGAGUCAGCUAUAAAUGCAAUUCAAAUCCCCAGCCUCCCUGUCUUCUCUGCUUAUCAUGGUUACCACCAAAAUGACUGCUGCCUUUAGAAACCCUAGUGGAAAACAGGUGGCGACAGACAAGGUUGCAGAAAAGCUGAGCUCUACUCUCUCAUGGGUGAAGAACACAGUAUCGCAUACAGUCAGUCAGAUGGCCAGUCAGGUGGCAAGUCCAUCUGCUUCAUUACAUACCACAUCCUCAUCUACCACAUUAUCAACACCAGCCCUUUCACCAUCUUCCCCAUCACAGUUGAGUCCAGACGACUUAGAACUCCUGGCUAAACUGGAAGAACAGAAUAGAGACAGGGUCUUGCUUUGUUGCCUGGAUUGCACUCAACUCCUGGCCUCAAGGACUCAGGAUCCCAAAGUGCUGGGAUUACAGGCUUUGGCAGAGAUGAAUUUAUGGAGAUUGUUAGAAACGGAUAGUAAAUCUUUAAAAUCUGUAAAUGGGUCAAGAAGAAACAGUGGCUCUUCUCUUGUGUCAAGUUCAUCAGCCUCUAGCAACCUCAGUCACCUUGAAGAAGAUUCUUGGAUUCUUUGGGGAAGAAUUGUUAAUGAAUGGGAAGAUGUACGCAAAAAAAAGGAAAAACAAGUUAAGGAACUUGUCCAUAAAGGGAUACCUCAUCACUUUAGAGCAAUAGUUUGGCAACUUUUAUGCAGUGCACAAAGUAUGCCAAUUAAGGAUCAGUAUUCAGAACUACUGAAAAUGACUUCACCUUGUGAAAAAUUGAUCCGAAGGGACAUUGCUAGAACUUAUCCUGAGCACAAUUUUUUUAAGGAAAAAGACAGCCUUGGACAGGAGGUUUUAUUUAAUGUAAUGAAGGCUUAUUCUUUAGUGGAUCGUGAGGUUGGUUACUGUCAAGGAAGUGCUUUUAUAGUUGGAUUGUUGCUUAUGCAGAUGCCAGAAGAAGAAGCUUUCUGUGUAUUUGUUAAAUUAAUGCAAGACUAUAGACUUCGUGAACUUUUUAAACCAAGUAUGGCAGAAUUGGGCCUUUGUAUGUAUCAGUUUGAAUGUAUGAUACAGGAGCAUCUUCCAGAGCUCUUUGUACAUUUUCAAUCUCAGAGUUUUCAUACCUCAAUGUAUGCAUCAUCCUGGUUUCUGACUAUCUUUCUUACAACUUUUCCACUACCAAUUGCCACGAGAAUAUUUGAUAUUUUUAUGUCUGAGGGUUUAGAAAUAGUGUUUCGAGUAGGAUUAGCACUUCUUCAAAUGAAUCAGGCAGAACUGAUGCAACUUGACAUGGAAGGGAUGUUACAGCACUUUCAAAAGGUCAUUCCACAUCAGUUUGAUGGAGUCCCAGACAAAUUAAUCCAAGCAGCUUACCAAGUCAAAUACAACUCAAAAAAAAUGAAAAAGCUUGAAAAGGAAUACACUACAAUAAAAACGAAAGAAAUGGAAGAGCAAGUUGAAAUUAAAAGGUUACGCACAGAAAAUAGACUUUUAAAACAGCGCAUUGAGACAUUAGAAAAAGAAAGUGCUUCCUUGGCAGAUAGAUUGAUACAGGGACAAGUGACAAGAGCCCAGGAGGCUGAGGAAAACUACCUCAUAAAACGGGAGUUGGCCACCAUCAAACAGCAGAGUGAUGAGGCCAGUGCUAAGCUGGAGCAAGCUGAAAAUACCAUCAGGAAGCUCCAGCACCAACAACAAUGGCAUAAAUGCGGUUCCAACUACAAUGAAGAUUUUGUGCUACAGCUAGAGAAGGAAUUAGUUCAAGCCCGACUGAGUGAAGCUGAGUCUCAGUGUGCACUAAAAGAGAUGCAGGAUAAAGUCUUGGAUAUAGAGAAGAGAAAUAACUCCCUUCCUGAGGAGAAUAAUAUUGCAAGGCUUCAGGAAGAGCUGAUUGCUGUGAAACUGAGAGAAGCAGAAGCCAUUAUGGGUUUGAAAGAACUUAGACAGCAAGUCAAGGAUUUAGAGGAACACUGGCAGCGUCACUUAGCUCGUACUACUGGGAGAUGGAAAGACCCACCUAAGAAAAAUGCUAUGAAUGAGUUACAAGAUGAAUUGAUGACCAUUCGACUUAGAGAAGCUGAAACACAGGCAGAAAUAAGAGAAAUAAAACAAAGGAUGAUGGAAAUGGAAACACAGAACCAGAUCAAUAGUAACCAUCUUCGAAGAGCAGAACAAGAGGUGGUUAGCCUACAGGAGAAAGUGCAGUAUCUUUCUGCACAGAACAAAGGACUCCUUACUCAGUUAAGUGAAGCAAAGCGCAAACAAGCAGAGAUCGAAUGCAAGAACAAGGAAGAAGUGAUGGCUGUGAGGCUCCGGGAAGCAGAUAGCAUAGCUGCUGUGGCUGAACUACAACAACACAUUGCUGAGCUUGAAAUCCAGGAUCUCACUCUGUUGUCCAGGCUGGAGUUUAGUGGCACAGUCGUAGCUCACUACAGAUCCAACUCCUGGCUCAAACAGUCAUCAUCAGCUUCCCCAGUACUGGGGACUACAGGCACAUGCCACCACAACCAGCUUGCUCACUUGCUUGCUUAGUUAGUUAGUUAAUUAGUAGCAACGGGGUUUCACUUUGUUGGCCAGGCUGGUUUUGAAUUCAUGGCCUCAAGUGAUCUGCCUACCUCGGCCUCCCACAGUGUUGGGAUUACAAGUGUGAGCCACCUCACCCAGUGUUAAUUUUUUUUUUAACUUAAAAACUUUUUUGUUCAUCAGAUGCAAUGGCUUACUCCAGAUCAGUAAGCUGUGAUCACACCACUGCACUCCAGCCUGGGCCACAGUGUGAGACCCUGUUUCAAAAAAUACAUUCAUUAAAAAAUACAAUUAAAAAUAGAAAAAAGCUUAUAGAAUAAAGAUAUAAAAAUAUUUUGUAUAGCUGUAUAGUAUGUUUAUAUUCUAAGCUAAAUGUUAUAAAAGAGUAAAGUUUACAAAUAUUCAAAGUUUAUAAAUACAAAUGUUACAGUAAGCUAAAGUUAAUUUUUAUUGAAAGAGAAACCUUUUUUUUUUUUUUGAGACUCUCCCUCCGUUGCCAGGCACCAGGCCUAGAGUGCAGUGGCACAAUCUCAGCUCACUGCAAUCUCCACCUCCUGGGUUCAAACAAUUCUCCUGCCUCAGCCUCCCAUGUAGCUGGGACUACAGGCGUGCACCACAAUGCCCAGCUAAUUUUUGUCUUUUUAAUAGAGACAGGGUUUCACCAUGUUGGCCAGGAUGGUGUUGAUCUCUUGACCUCAUGAUCUGCCCGCCUUGACCUCCCAAAGUGCUGGGAUUACAGGUGUGAGCCACUGCACCCGGCUGAGAAACCAUUUUUUAUAAUUUUAUGUAGCCUCAGUACACAGUGUUUAUAAAGUCUACAGUAGUGUAUGUCCUAGGACUUCACAUUGAUUCACCACUUACUAACUCAUCUGAAGCAACUUCUAGUCCCGCAAGUUUCAUUCUUGGUAAGUGCUCUAUACAGGUAUACUAUUUUUAUCUUUUAUAACAUACUUUUCCUGUGCCUUUUCUAUGUUUAGGUAUACAAAUACUGACCAUUGUGUUACAAUUGCCUGUAGUACCCAGUGCAGUAACAUGCUGUGCAGGUUUGUAGUCUAGGAGCAAUAGGCUAUACCAUAUAGACUAGGUAUACAGUAAGCUAUACCAUGUAAGUUUGUGUAAGUGCACUUUGUGAUGUUAGCAUAAUGAAACUGCCUAACGAUGCAUUUCUCAGAACAUAUCCCCAUUGUUAAGAGAUGUGUGACUGUAUUUAUCCUUUUGUGACUGGCUUAUUUCACUUAGUUUGAUGUUCUCAGUGUUCGUUCAUGUUGUAGUAUAUGUCCAAAUUUUCUUCGUUUUUAAAGCUGAAUAAUAUACCACAUUUUUUAUCUGUUCAUUCACUGAUGGACAUUUAGAGUGCCUCCGUGUUUCAGCUAUUGUGAAUAAUGCUGAUGUGAACACAGGUGUACACAUUUCUGUUCAGUCCCUGCUUUUAUUUCUUUUGAGUACAUAAAAGUGAGAUUGCUGGAUCAUAUAGUAGUUGUUUAAUUUUCUGAGAAACUGCUAUACCAUUUUCCACAGAUCCUAUACCAUUUUACAUUUCUACCAGCAGUGCAUGAGGAUUUGAUCUUUUCCACAUUCUCACCAAUACCUGUUAAUUUUCUGUUGUUGUUGUUGUUUUUAUAAUUACCAUCCUAAUGGGUGUGAACUGGUAUCUCAUUGUGAUUUUGAUUUCCUAAUGAUUCACCAUGUUGGGAAUAUUUUCAUGUGCUUAUUUUGCAUUUAUAUAUCUUCUUUGGAGAAAUGGCUAUUCAGAUCCUGUGCUUAAUUGAAUCAGGUUGUUGUUUUUGUUGUUGAGUUAUAGGAGUUAUAUAUUGUCAAUAUCAUUUUCUUAUCAGAUAUAUGGUUUACAAAUGUUUUCUUACAUUAUGUUUGUUGCCUUUUCUGUUGGUAGUGUCUUUUGCAUGAAAGUUUUGAAUUUUGCUGAAUCAACUUACCUGGGGUUGGUUCUUUCUUUCUUUCUUUCUUUCUUUCUUUCUUUCUUUCUUUCUUUCUUUCCUUUCUUUCCUUUCUUUCCUUUCUUUCCUUUCUUUUUUUUUUUUUUGUGGUGUUUACUGUGUUCCAAGUCAAUUUUUUAGUGAAAAUUUAUUAUAUUUCUAUAUUAUUAAAACUAUGUUUUGACAGGGCACAGUAGCUCACACCUGUAAUCCCAGGGCUUUGAGAGGCCAAAAUCGCGGGAUUGAUGGAAGGGAGGAGUUCAAGACAAGCCUGGGCAAUAUAAUGAGACCCUGUCUCUACAAAACAAUUUGUAAAAAUUAGCUGAGUGUGUUAUGGUACAACCCUAUAGCCCUUACUACUUGGAAGGCCAAGGUGGAACGAUCCCUUCAGAAGUAGGAGUUCCACAUUAUAGUGAGCUACAAUCAAGCCACUGCACUCCAGUCUGAGUGACAGAGUGAGACCUUGUCUCUAAAAAAAGUUUUUAAAAUAAAAGUAAAUGUGUUUUAUCACUUCUUAUGCCUUACUUCUUCUUGGAUAACAUGAUAAAAGUAGUAAGUUUUCCCUAUGGACAAAAUAUUAUGUUUAAAAUCUUAUGUCUUUCAAGAGUUCAUACAGGUUAAAGUAUAUUACCCAACUCUUCAAUCUUUCAAAAUAGAAAAGUCUUAAGUAUUAAACUAAAUAAAAGGUGAUUUGAAUAACUUUUCAAACUUUUUUUUGAGUCUUCAAUAGCAUUUCUCUUCUCCCUGUCACUUCGUUAGUUCAUCUGCUUACCCCUUACCUGAACUGUUGUUGUAACCUCCCAUCCAGUUUCCUUUUCUCCAACUUCAGCUCUUCUGCAGUUACAAAAGCUGUCUCUAAAACACAGAAAUUUUAUUGACUGCUUUUAAAAUACCAAAUCACAUCAAAACUCCUUAGCAUAAAAUCCUUUUUAUUAUUACCCAAACUGAAUUUCUAGCUUCAUCUCUCACCGUUAUCUUCCCAUCCUCAUCCCCCACAGAUACACGCUGUGCUCUACCUAUUGUGAAUUAUCUUAUUCCUGAAACUUUCACAUUCUUUCAGAAUUCUGUGCUAUUCUGCAUGCUGCUGUAUCUUCCUAAAUUGCUUUAUUUUUCUGAACUUCCUACUCCUCUACUUUUGAAGUAUUUCUGUUUCCCUUUCAGGUGUUAAGACUGACUGCUUCUUGGUAACUUGCUGUUAAUUCGCUUAGUAAAUGGGUUUUCAGUAGAUGUGUUACUGAAUACAUCUUAGAUAUUAAGGUUUCAAUAUUUAAUUAUAUGUAUAUAUAGAUAUAGAUAUAUUUAAUGCAAAUUAAGAAUUAAGAUUUAUAAAUAGAUCUCUCAUUAAAACCUGAAACUUUUUUUCAGUUAUCAAAGUAAUAUAUUUUAGGUUAUUAUCUUAGUCAUGGAAAUAUCUUAAAUCAUUUUCAGGUUCCACUAGGGGGAGAACUCAACUUGGUCUAAGAUUUUUGUACUUCAGAUCUCUUCAGAUUAAGUCUUUUAAUUACUGGUACUCUCCUGUGAGUAAAAUUUUUUUUGCACAAACCAAAUUCUCUCAGACUCUUCUUAUAAUAAAUAAUAUUAUUAUUUAAUGUGUUAUUCAUAUAAUGAAAGCCUGCUUUUUAAUGUAGUUAUGAAAAUCAUACUUUUGUAAACAUUAUAUUUAAAUGAGAAAAUACAUUAGAAAAAGAAAUACUCAUUUUUGGUUUUUUGUUUUUAUUUGUGUUUUUUUUGAGAUGAAGUCUCACUCCGUUGCCUAAGCUGGAGUACAGUGGUGCAAUCUCAGCUCCCUGCAAUCUCCACCUCCCAGGUUCAAGGAAUCCUCCUGCCUCAGCUUCUGGAGUAGCUGGGACUACAGGCAUAUGCCACCAUGCCCAGCUAAUUUUUGUAUUUUUAUUAGAGACAGGGUUUCAUUAUGUUGGUCAAGCAGGUCUUGAACUCUUGACCUCUUGAUCUGCCUGCCUCAGCCUCCCAAAGUGCUGGGAUUACAGUCAUGAGCCACCACAGCCAGGCAAUUUUAUAAAUACUGUAACAUUGUAGUAUAUAGAUACUUAUAAUACUGAAAUUUGUUUUCAAGGAUUAUUUGGAACUUUUAGAUCUAAUUUAAAAUUUAUCAUCUACCCCCAUGUAUUAUUCUGACUUAACUCCAUCUGUAGUCUAAUUAUAUGUUUUAUAAUAAUACUUCCCCCAGUGCCCUGUCUUUGUUGGAGCUGUUUUGUAUUCGUGUCUUACAGUGAACUUAACUAUUUUUAAGUGUAGCAACUUUCAAGUUUUAGAGAUUUUCCUAGAAUUAUUUUUAAAAGUUAUUAUUACCUAGGUUUCUUCUCUAACAGAAAGGCAGUUACUUAUUUGUGGAUUUUUUUGCUAUAAAAUUAUUACACUAUUCUGCUGUAAUGCUCAGUUGAGAACAGAUUAUACAACCUGUAAAAUUAAGGAGUUGAACUCUAAGGUUCUGUCACAUAUAAAACAGUAUUAUACCAUGUAUAUCAUUUUAAUAUUUUUUGACAAUUUCAAGUUACCAUGAAUUUUAAUUAUUAUAUACUCAUCUCACUUUAUUAAUAAUACCUCCAUUACUUUCUCUUUGGCCAAAUUUUUACCUUAAAUAGCAUUCCUAUCCUAAUUACUAGGCUCAUGUUGCUAUAUUGUCACAACAAUUAUUCCUUUUGUUAAAAUUAUACAUAGUUUUAUUUUUUAUUUUUUUAUUUUUCAUUUUAUUUUAGUUGGGGGGGUACAUGUGAAGGUUUGUAGAUAAACAUGUGUCAUGGGGGUUUGUUGUAUUUAUUAUUACAUCACCCAGGUAUUAAGCUCCGUAUUCAAUAGUUAUCUUUUCUGCUCUUCUCCCUCUUCCCACCCUCCCCCUUGACAUAUUUUUAAUUAUCCACAUUUCCCAUAAUAGCGUAAGUUCCAUGGGAGUGAAAUAAGACAUAACUGUCUUAUUCAUUGCUAUAUUCCUUUUUGGGCACUUGUGGGAGAAACAAGGUCUCGCUCUGUUGCCCAGACUAGUGUUCAGUGGUGUGAUCAUAGCUCACUGCAGCCUCGACCUACUGGACUCAAGCAAUCCUCCCACCCCAGCAUCCCAAGUAGCUGGGACUACAGGAGCAUGCCACCACACCUGGCUAAUUUUUGUAUUUUUUGUAAAGAUGGGGGUUGACUAUAUUACCCAGGCUGGUCUCAAACUUAGGAGCUCAAGCAAUCUGCUGCCCACCUGGGCUUCCCCAAAGUGCUGGGACUACAGGCGUGAGCCACCAUACCCAGCCUCGUUGAUAUAUUGAGUGCUUACUAUAUAAUACCUGGUACAUAAUCAUUCAGUAGAUAUUUGUAUUUGACCAAAUUUGACCAGUAGAUAUUUGAAUUUUGACAAUAAUUCAUUCAUCUUCCAAUGUUGUUGCUCCAGUAAAUGAUUUUUACUGUAUGCAGUUGUCACUAUAUUCACACAUGCAUCAAUUUGUGUACAUUCCUUUAUUAUUAGAUCACUGUCAGGAAGGAGAAAAUGAAUUCAGCCUCUAUCCAAAUGUAUUUACCAUUACAGAGAAGAAGUGAUUGUGCCUAGGUCCCUUCUUUGAAAUGUUUUUGAGUAGAAUUUAAACCUCUGAAAAUUAUUUUUGGUAUUACUGACUAUAAGAACAUGUGGCGCUUGAGCGAGAUGAUCGGAGCAGUCUCAGCGAGCACCAUGUUGCUUCCGAACAUCCUGCUCACCGGUACACCAGGGGUUGGAAAAACCACACUAGGCAAAGAACUUGCAUCAAAAUCAGGACUGAAAUACAUUAAUGUGGGUGAUUUAGCUCGAGAAGAACAAUUAUAUGAUGGCUAUGAUGAAGAGUAUGAUUGUCCCAUUUUAGAUGAAGACAGAGUAGUUGAUGAGUUAGAUAACCAAAUGAGAGAAGGUGGAGUUAUUGUUGACUACCAUGGUUGUGAUUUCUUCCCUGAACACUGGUUUCAUACAGUUUUUGUGCUGAGAACAGAUACCAAUGUAUUGUAUGAAAGACUUGAAACAAGGGGUUGUAAUGAGAAGAAACAAACAGAUAAUAUUCAGUGUGAGAUUUUUCAAGUUAUUUAUGAAGAAGCCACAGAAUCCUACAAGGAAGAAAUCGUGCAUCAGCUGCCCAGCAAUAAACCAGAAGAGCUAGAAAAUAAUGUAGAUUAGAUCUUGAAAUGGAUUGAGCAGUGGAUCAAAGAUCAUAACUCUUGACUUAUAAGGCUAGCUACUUUAUAAUCACUCUUGUUGAUAUCUCUUUGCCAACAUCAUAGAAAUUGUUCAGGUAUCAGUAACACUUUAUUAAAAUCACCUUGCAGGACUAGCAGGUGGAUAGUAUAUAGGUUUAUGCCUGUGUUUCUUUUUCUCCGUGAGAAAGCUAAACAUCUGAAAUAUAAUGACUAUAGCAUUAUUAAGGACUGAGGCACAAACUGUGAUUUUAAUACUUAAAUUGCUAAAGAUAAAUAAAUCUGACAAAAUGGG